ACUGACUUUCAGACUUAGUAAAAGUAUCAUUACAAGGAAUUAAAAGUUUCGUUCUACGUUAGUUAUUUCAUUACAAGUUUGUUACUAAAUCUAAAGUACCUAGUUACAGUUCAGUAAAUUUUCUUUCAUUAACAUUUUAAAACACGUAUCGACUAUUUUAGUUAUCUCUUUCAACUUUAACCUCAAAGGAAUUAGGUUUUGAUUUGUUUUUGUUUAGAACCUCAUUUUAAGAGCGUUAAUUUUUUAUAUAAGCUCGAAAUAAUAUUUGAGAAUGGCGAAUACUGCAACAGAUCUUACGGAAGAAGAUGCAGCAGACCUCCAAUUUCCUAAAGAAGACGACCUCUCAACAUUUUCUAGAUGUAAUAUUUUCGAUAACAGCGAUUCAACUUAUUGUGCAAAUUGUUACUGUGAAGUACAAAGUAAGUACAUUUUAUGUGAAAAGUGUAAAGUGAAUAUCUGUUUGUCAUGUUUUUCAAAUGGAGCAGAAUUUUUAAAUCAUAAAAACGAUCACGAUUACCGUGUUUUAUCGACAAAUUUCGUUUUAUUCGAAAAUUCAGAUUGGACAGCUGAAGAAGAAUUAAAACUACUCGAUUGUAUAAGUAAUUAUGGUAAUUGGAAUCUCAUCACACAAGAAUUGCCGAAUAGAUCUGUUAAUGAAAUAAUACAACACUAUGAGUAUUUUUAUUUAGAAAGGAAUGGCUGUAAAGGUUUCCCUAAAAUAAAUUUUCCAGAUGUAGCUCUAUUUCCAGAAUUAGUGGUGCCUUAUAGAUUUAGACUUGCAGAUACAGAUGAACCACCUAGAUAUUUAUCCAACACUGUUGGAUUUAAGUCUUUAGCUGGAUACAAUCCAGCAAGAUCAGAUUUUGAAAUAGAAUUUGAUAAAGGGGCUGAAGAUAUUUUAUCAAAUUUGGAAUUUGUUGAUGAGGAUGAUCCGCAUUAUGAACUUUUGACAAAAUUGCAAUGCUCUUUAGUUGAAGCUUAUAAUCGGAGAUUACAAGAGAGGCAAAGAUGGAAAAAUUUGAUUCGAAGUCAUGGACUUUUGCUAGUUCGGAAAACACACUCAUGGUUGAAAAGAUAUGAUAACACUAUAAACAAAAAUAUUUAUGAAAAAAUGAUUAGAUUCAUGCAGCUGUGCAAACCAAUGAAAUUUGAAAUGUUAAUGGAAGGAUUGCACAGAGUCGGAGAACUAAAACUUCAUAUUUCAAGGUUGAUAAAUUUGAGAAAAAUAGGUAUCACAACCCUAGCAGAAGGAAGACUAUACUUUAAAUUGAAACAGUCUCAUGAAGCAAAUAAAAAAUCACUAAAAUUGUUCAGACAAGAUCCGGCCUUGAAUUGGAAAGCUUGUAAAGACUCAAAUUUCACAAUAAUAUCAAAAUGCAAUAGACGUCGAAGUUUUGCUCCAAUAGAAAUCAGUGGUAUGCCUGGAUAUUCAAAGUUAUCUCCCCAAGAGGCCGACUUGUGCAGUACAGUGAGACUAGUACCUGUUACUUAUUUUCAAUUGAGGGACACAUUGGUUUCUGAAUGCAGAAAAAAUGGAUCCGUUUCUUUACAAACCGCUAGGAAAUUAUUGAAAAUUGAUGUUAACAAAACUAGAAAAUUGUAUGAUUUUUUGUUGCAAGAAGGUUAUAUACAAAAAACUUCAUCUUCAAUAUCAUAAAGACAAAUUGAGAACUAAAUUUUAUAGUACAGCUGUGUUAUAAUUAUGGUUCAUGGUAAAAUGGUGAAAAACUAAACAAAAAGUUAGAAAAAUUAACUUUCGUCAAGAUUCUAAAAAUUGUGGUAGACUAUGGUGACUUGUUUUUGUAGCAGUCAAUCGAAAAGAAGCUUGACAAAAGUGGGAAGUUGCCAAAACCCAAUUAUUUACCGAGAAUUCAAUACAAGAAAACUAGACAUAAAUCAAUAUUCAAAAAUUGUGGCUGUGCAAAAUAAUUGUAUCAAAUAAUGUAUAGGUACUUAUAUUAAAAUUAUAGUUCUCUUCUUAUUUAAAAAAAAUCAAAAUGUGUGAUACA